GACUGCCUCCUGAUGCUGGCCUACAAGGACAAGUCUGAGCGAGCCAAGGGCCUGCGGGAGCGCAGCAGCCUGAUGCUGGAGGACAUCUGCGGCCUGGAGCCCGGCCUGCCCUACGAGGGCCUGGCCCACACGCUGGCCAUCGUCUGCCUGUCCCAGGCCGUCAUGCUGGGCUUCGACAGCCGCGAGGCCAUGUGCGCCUGGGACGCUCGGAUCCGCUACGCGCUCGGUGAGGUGCACAGGUUCCACGUGACGGUGGCUCCAGGCACCAAGCUGGAGAGCGGCCCCGCCACCCUUCACCUCUGCAACGACGUCCUCGUCGUGGCCAGGGACAUCCCUCCGGCUGUCGCGGGGCAGUGGAAGCUGUCUGACCUCCGGCGCUACGGGGCCGUGCCCGGUGGAUUCAUCUUCGAAGGCGGGACCAGGUGUGGGUACUGGGCCGGAGUCUUCUUCCUGUCCUCAGCCGAGGGAGAGCAGAUCAGCUUCCUGUUCGACUGCAUCGUCCGCGGCAUCUCCCCGACCAAGGGCCCCUUUGGGCUGCGGCCGCUUCUCCCAGACCCGAGCCCUGGGGGGACCCCCACCGCGGAGGAGCGAGUGGCCCAGGAGGCCCUGGAGGCCCUGAAGCUGGAGAAGCGGCUCAGCCUCCUCUCCCAUGUGGUCCGGCCGGGGAGCGGAGGGGACGACCGCAGCCUGUCCAGCUCGUCCUCGGAGGCCAGCCACUCGGACGUCAGUGCCGGCAGCCGGCUCACGGCGUGGCCCGAGCAGUCCUCGUCCUCGGCCGGCACGUCGCAGGAGGGCCCGGGGCCGGCGGCCACCCAGGCCCCCGGGGAGGCCGCGCCGGGCGCCUCGAGGCCGCCACCCAAGCCCCUGCGGCCGCGGCAGCUGCAGGAGGUCGGCCGCCAGAGCUCGUCGGACAGCGGCAUCGCCACGGGCAGCCACUCCUCCUACUCGGGCAGCUUCUCGUCCUGCGCGGGCAGCAGCCUGGACGUGUGGCGCGCGGGCGACGAGUUCGGGUCCUCGCUCAGCCUGCCGCCCGCGGCCGGGGUGCCCGACCCCAGCCUGUGCGCCUGCCCGCCGGGGACGGCCGAGUACCAAGUGCCCGCUGCCCUGCGGCCACAUUAUGACACGCCACGCAGCCUGUGCCGGGACGCCAGGGACCAGACCGCCACCGCACAAGGCAGCCCCGACGACGGAGGGGCCGGGGACUUGGGUGGCCAGGCGUCCGCGGGGUGUCCCUCCGGCUGGCUGGGCACGAGGCGGCGGGGACAGGCGGCGGAGGCCCCGGGCAGCGAGGCCCCCGGCGGGGCCUGGGAAGCAGGCAGUCCCCACGCGGGGCUUCCUCCGGCUUUCUUUUCCACUUGUCCCGUCUGUGGAGGACUCAAGGUAAACCCCCCUCCCUGA